AUGGAAAACAGACAGAGAAUUGAGCAAGUUACAGCAACUCUCUGGAUUCCUGGACCUAUGGCACUGUCAGAUAGAUAUGGCAACAAUCAACCUUGCUCUGUGGCUUCAAGAAAGGUUCAAAAAGAACGCACGGUAUACUCUGAAGAACAAAAGCGCCUGCUGCAAGAACAUUUUGAUGCAUGCAAGUACCCAGACAAGAAGAAAGUUGGGGAGCUGGCAGAAUUGGUUCAUGUGACAAUGACAGAGAUCAAGACCUGGUUCAAGAACAAGCGGGCUAAGUCCAAGAAGACAAAUACCCAGAAUAUUUCAGAAGCUCCACCAGAGACAAUUGGAAGCUCUAAUGCUGUUUUUGAGUCAACUCAUUUUCCUGGUUCCAUACCUCUUGUUGCCAUCGAGAAUGGAGAGUCCGUGUAUUCAGGCACAUUUGAUGUGGAUUCCAUUCCCAAACUCAACUACAGCCAUGAAUCUUCUCUGCUUCAUUAUCAGGCCUGUGAUGGACACAGGCGUAGUCAGGAAGAUGUGCUUGUUGGCCAUUCCCUUGUUACAGGUGGAGACUCUAUUCCAUUAGUAGCAGUUGAUCCCCAGAUUGAUGUAGCAGUAGCUGAAGCUCCAGUUGGCCUUGCAGCUGCUGCCCAAGCCCCAGAGGAUGCUCAAGGUUCAGGUCCAUCUGCAGAGGAGCUCUGGCAAAGGAUCCUUGAAGACUUUGACAAUUCGGAGGACUGGCUUAUUCUGACAUAG